GCACUCGGUACGAUUCAAAGUAAACUUCGCAUGCCGCUGUGCAGCGAUCCCUUUCCCGAGGCACUACUCAGUGUACCGUCACAAUUCGCGCGCUGCGGUUUAACUUUCUUAACGCGAGACAAUACAGGCUACGAACAUUCGUAAGAUUAUUUAAUGCACACGUGACAGUAUUACCUUUGUAAGAUCAGACAUAAUUCAAAUUUAUCCAUAAAGUCAUUCACUCGGGCUUAAAUUAUGCAAUAUAAAAUAUCAGAGUAUUUCAUGUUCCACUAAUCUGCAUAACGUAAACUGUUUAAGUCAAAUCAUUGUCCAUUUUUGUUAAUAAAUUGUAAUAAUCCAAUGACCUAAAUGGAGGAAAUCAUUGCACGAAAUUGCUGUUAAAUAUAAUAUGGUAAUACAUGAUCAUUAAAUUGUCUCAUUUUCUGAAAAAAAACUAGCAGCGUGUUAUUUACCAUCCCAGUAUCAUGGAAAACCGUUCCUAUAUUUUAUUCGAGUAAUUCUUUGUUUCUUUCUCUCCCCUACAAGUCGAGUGUGUGUAAAUGAAAAAUUGCCCGGUUCAAAUGAAUCAUCGUAGAUCAAUAGAAUUUCGGUGACUUAGAAAUACCUUCGUGAGUGUUCGGAAGUGUGAGAAGUGAAUUUUUCAUGUUGAGUGUGCUCAUGGCAGAAUCGAAGUUUCAAAAGGUCCCACCCAUGGCAAGAUUCGUUAAAAUGGACUUUAAGAACACGCAAAGAAGAUGAUGAAUGAUUACGGAACACGGACGAAUAGGAGUUCAACGUUUGGAGAAAAACCGUCAGCUACGCGUUCCGAGCAAUAAAAUUCGAAAUGCUCCGAAGAUCGAGAACACCGCUCGAUCUAAUGUCCUUCUUUCAUAACUCCAGAGUGAUGAACAGUGUACGAAAAAUCGUACAACCGAAAUCAAACAACAGUACAAUACUAUGUCGGAAAAUAUGGUGCUAAAAAUUCUACGUUUAUGAAUUAUGAAUGAAGUAUUAAAUCAAUCAAUAUUAUUAAUGAUAAUAUUUAAUAUUAAUUGCGUGUAUUCGGAGAGUUUUGUUGUUGUUAUUGAAGUGAAAAAAGUGAAUUUUUGAGUUGAAAAAAUGUUGUCGACCAUGUCGACCACAGCCCUCGAAUUAAAUACCUCGUACUACACGACAGUCGUCGGGAGUAGCACGCUCGAUGGAUUUUCCGUUUCAGUUAUCGAGCCCGAAAAUACUACAUCGACGACGUACAUGUUGCCACCUUACAUUCGCAUAACAUCGAUGACCGUCUGCAUCGCAGUUAUGGUUUUGGGAAUCAUUGGAAAUUUAAUGGUUCCGUUGGUUGUACUGCGAGGCAAAGACAUGAGAAACAGCACUAACAUCUUUCUGGUGAAUCUGAGUGCGGCUGACCUUUGCGUCCUUGUCAUAUGUGCUCCUACUGUCCUUGUCGAGGUCAACUCGGGGCCUCAAGUCUGGCCCCUGGGCGAACACAUGUGUAAAGCAGUACCAUUUGUUGAACUCACGGUGGCACAUGCUUCGGUACUUACUAUAUUGGCCAUCAGUUUCGAACGUUAUUACGCCAUUUGCGAGCCCUUGAGAGCAGGCUAUGUGUGCACUAAAGCGAGAGCCACUUUUCUCUGUCUUCUCGCCUGGGUCGCCGCUGCUCUCUGCACCAGCCCGAUUCUUUCGAUGGUAGACUACGUCAUAGAACACGACGAGGACGGUUUCGAAUUUCCAACGUGUCAGACGCAAGCGAACACGCCAUGGAUGGUCGGGUUUAUCCUAACGACGAUAAUAAUAUUCUUCAUAAUACCAUUGAUUAUUCUCGUUGUACUUUACACCGUAAUAGCACGACAUUUAAUGGCAAACCCUGCGAUAAGCCGGGAACCAGCGAAUAAUUUACUCAAGUACAGGAAGCAAGUUGUCCUCAUGCUCGGGACUGUCGUCCUCUGUUUCUUCGUUUGCCUAUUGCCCUUCCGUGCUUUCACCCUGUGGGUGCUCGUCACACCCUCGAAGACAAUCGUCAAACUUGGCAUCGAGGGCUACUUCUGUCUUCUUUACUUGUGUCGAGUUAUGCUCUAUCUCAAUUCAGCGAUAAAUCCGAUACUCUACAACCUCAUGUCGACGAAAUUCCGGGACGGAUUCCUCAGGCUGUGCGGCCUCGGUGUCAACCGAAGAAAAAAAGCGAAUCAAACGUUGAGCCGCGCGAGAACUCACACCACCGGAUCUACCAAUUGCAGCAGCAAUCAUUCCGACUUCUGGAGACGCCACAGCAGCAACAAAAGCUCCAGCAUCAAUCAGGUCCCUAAUGUUCACAACGAAAAACAGGCUAUAAGAUUGCCACUCUUUUCCGCUGUUACCGGAAGUAUUAUUAGAAAUAGUCAGCACAAACAGGAGAGCUACGUUUAGCUUAUUAUUUUUUCCUUCUCUCUUUUACAACGACUUUCGUGUUAUGUUUUUUAAAUAAAAUAAACCGACAAACGGUUUUACGUCAUUCCACGAUGGAACACGAUUUUUAGUGGGUAUUCAGUCAGAGUUUUUUUUCUCUAGUCACAUCGACGAAAUCGCAAAUUAUUCUUUCAAGUGAUUCGUUGCAUAUAUCGAACUGUUUUUUUUUAAAUUUUUUUAUUUUUUUUUCUCUCAUUAAAAUCAUAAAUUCGCGACAAGUUUACCUAAAAUAAUGAUGGAGAAAUUUUUCAGUACACUAGCUUGGCUUUCGAAUACACACCACUGAACGUGGAAAAAUACAAGAAGAAGUAAUAAUUUCAUCGAAAUGAGAAACAACAGCGAUGUCAUUUCACUUGACCGAAUGUUUUUCUGGAUUUUCAUAUGAUACAGAAACAACAGUGGGCUUCGUUGAACUUUUUGUUGAAGGUAUCGAAGGCGCUGUGCCAUUCGUUAGUUUGGACCUCAUUGUGGCGUAAAAUCCGUGGGCGUGGGAGAAAAAUUCGGGCUGUAUACAAGCAUUUUGGUCUAACGAGAGUGAAAAUUCGAGUGAAUAAGUAAUUAGUGGUUUAUCGGAGUCGGGGAUAUGGGGAAUGAUAACUUGAGCCGGAAGUCUCGCGUGGCAACUUAUUUAUCGUUAGAGCUUGGUUGACUUUUGGCAGAAAUCGUUGCCCCUGCUCAGAUAAAAUAUGUACCGUAUGUACACAUUCAACCAAGGAAUCCCAAAGGCCCAGAAAAUGAGGAAGAGAGAGAGAGAGAAAACCAAAAGAUUUAUCGCGUCCUCCCGGUUGUCUUCCCACGUCCGUGAUUUACGUUACGAUUCUCUUGCACGUUCUCUCCUCUCGGCGAAAGAUAGAAAUUCAUUUUAUUCCUAUAUAGCUGCGGGUUUAACGACCAGAAAAAUACACUCUCGACUAUAUCCGAAUCAAGCCCGGGGAAUUUGACCGAUGCAGUUUUAGGGGUAAGAAAAAUGAGAAUGAGAAAGGAAGAGAGGGAGGAGGGAGGGGGGAACUCGUGAGAAAAAGGACGUCGUUGUGUCUCCGAUGGCGCAACCAUUUAUUUUUUUAACGAAGGCACGAGACCCAAUGUCGGGAUUGUAUAAAAAAAACGUUUUUGUUAUCAAGCUUUUUUUUAUUAUUUAUAGUUUUGAUGAAAUUAGGGAUUAAUAUGAUUAAUUUUCAUAUGAAAAAUGAAUGAUGGUUGAAAAUAAAUUUCUCGGAAUAAUCAAGCAUCGUUAUUUAUCACAAGUUUUUCUGGAGUUGAGAAAAAAAUAGGGUGCGACGCUUGAAAUUUAUUUGAAAAAUAAUUUUUAAGAAAAAAAAAAAAAACGAUUUUGUUUUCCACGUGAUCAGUGAGAAUGUUCUAUUGUUACGUUUUAGGGCUCAGAGAUUCGUUUUGCCGCUAAUGGAACCGUCAAAAAAGAGGGAACUAUAACGCGCCGAUAAAAAAGAUGUUCGGCAGAUCAAAUCACGCCUAACUCGGCAGAGUGUGCCAGGCUGAAAAGAGAAAUGAAAAACGAAAGGAAUAGAAAGAGGGUCGAAUGAUGAUGGGAGGCAAAAAUUAUGGGCAUUGCCCAAGAUCAGGUCUACGAAACUCGGGGACAAUGACGUCGAGGCAAGAGGAAUCCAAAUUGACCCAGAGCAACUUCACUUUUGCUUAGUGUAUCAACAAAAUUGGCUGUAAAAACCUCGUUUGGGACAAAAGACCGCUUUACUUCAAACACAAAUAAAAACACUCGCCUAUUUUUCAAAGUACGGAAAUAUUAUUAAAAUGAAACAAAAAUAUAACUCGAACGUUGCUGCUCGCUCCAAGAUAGAACAUUUUUUUAUAUUUUAUGCCCUCAACAAUGACUUCUAUUUGCGAGAAAAAAAUAUCGUGGAUUUCUAGAGCGAAACUGCACCGUCAUUCGCUUAUGAAUUUGAAAUUUUUUUCACUUCGAAUCUAAAAUCAUAGUUCAAUUGAAAAAUUACCGUUCGUCAAUCUAGUCAAAAGAGUAUAACGAUGUCACGCUUUUUAAAAUUAGUUUUCAUCACCUGCUGUAUUUCUAGCGAAUGUAUUGAUCGUCCAUUUAUUUAUUUAUUUAUUUAUUUAUUUAUUUAUUCAUUAAAGUAUUUAUUCAUGUGUUGGAUACUGCAAAGCGUGAAAAUGUGAAAUGUGCUUCGAAGGUCACUUCGUUCCACCACGCGGCAUAAACCAAAAUUUGAAGACUGUGAAUAAAAGACGCUCUGGAUGAAAAACCCUGAGAUUUGCAUCGAACAAUCGGGAGAAAUAGUAACUAUAAUCGUGAUGCGAUUCAAGCCAGAUGAAAAAAUCAUUCCAUUCUGAAGCCCCUAAAUUGGGACCAUUUUUGCUAGAGAUAAAAACAAUAGGAAAUCUCAUUGAAGAUUCAAAAUAACAGACAAAAUUCAGGAAGAAAAGUUGAAAAAAUUGUGGAUCGGUUUGUAAAUAAUACUCAUGCAAGCAUGUCGCGCGAGACACUUGGUUCCUAAUAACUGUCCUCAUGUGUAGAUUAUAUGAAAAUAAUAAUAAUAAUAAUAAUGAUAAUUGUAACGAUGAUAAUAGAAGAAUGAAGAGAAAACCAAAUUUCGGUAAUUGACCGAUUUACAAAUGUUGUAUUCUGCAUAAGUUUAAGAAAUGCGUUAUUUUAUGUGACAAAAAAUCAAAGUGAUUUAUUUUAAUAUGUUACAAGGAUAUAACAUAAUACAGACGUGCAACGAUUGAAGAAAAAAUAUACGUUCCUGUAAAUAUUUUAUAAUAUUAAUUGAAAUAAAAUGUUUCUAAGGGUG